AUGUCAACUUCUUCUGUAUCAUCAAUUUUGAAAGACCUCGGCUCGACGGGGAACGCUUUUGAGGACAAUGAACCCGGGUCGAGAGAAGCUCUGAUCGAACGCAGCCGAGCGCUGGUCGCGGCACUUGAAGUGCCCAGCGAGUUCGUUCAGCGCAGCUUCUGGGCUGAGCCCGCAUUGUCAGCAAUCAUUCGCCUCUGCGUGAACGUGAAGCUUUUUCAACAUCUGAAAGAGGCAGGGAACAUCAGACUUACUCCGUCGGCGCUAUCGGAGAAAACAGGCGUUCAGCUGGCGUUGCUGCAGCGCUUGACUCGACAUCUCGUUGCGAUGUACCUCAUCACGUACCACGAUGGGGCAUUCCACGCGACAACCCUGAGCAACGGACUUGCAGAGGAGAAUUACCAGCACAGCAUCUCUUUUUACUACGAUACUGCCCGGCCUUCUUUCAAUGGGUUUCCCGCGUUUUUCAAACAGACAAGAUAUAGAUCCCCCACCCUAGGUGGACUGGGCGGCCCGUUUCAGAGCGCGCACAAUACUCAGCUCCCGUUCUUUGAAUGGCUCGUCGCGACGCCCCCGGAUCUCGAGCACUUCGACUCCUUUAUGAGCGCAUAUCGUGCGGGGAAGCCGAACUGGUAUGACCCGGGGUUUUACCCCGUGGCGGAGCGGAUGAUCGCAGGCUUCGUGAGCGACGUAUUGCUGGUAGAUGUGGGAGGUGGCAGAGGCCACGACGUUGCAUUGUUUGCAGCGCAACACGGUUCCCACCCGGGUAGAAUCAUCCUCCAGGACCGAGAGCCCGUUAUUGCUGCUGUGGUGGCUACGAGCGAGGCGCGUCCUUUCGAAGCCCAGGCCCACAAUUUCUUUACGCCACUGCCGGUGCAUGGCGCGCGUGCGUAUUCCCUCCACUCCAUUCUUCACGACUGGGGUGACGAGGAGGGGGUUCAAAUCCUACAGAAUCUGGUACCGGCGCUGGAGAGGGGCUAUUCGCGGGUUCUGCUCAACGAGAUUGUAGUCAGUGAAGAGAAACCUGGGCUGGCCGCGAGUGCGAUGGACAUGAUGAUGCUGGCUCACUUUGCGGUGCGAGAACGAACGAAGGCGGAGUGGAGGGAUAUCCUGGCGAAGGCUGGAUUGAAGAUGGUUCGGAUCUACCAGUAUCCGGGCGCCGCCGAGUCACUCAUCGAGGCCGAGCUCGCUUGA